AUGAACAGGGGCGCGUCCCCGUCGCACCACCUCGCCGUCCCUGCCGAUGGGAUAAGGCCGCCACGCCCAUGCCUCCUCGGUUCCCUCUCCCACUCACCCCCGCUCUCUUCCCAGAUCUCCGCCUCCCACUCGACCAGACCGGCGAUCCGCAAAUUCCCCAACCCAGAAAAACCAACUAGACAAAAAUGCACACCCACAGCGCCCCGUCGCCCCACGGCCACCCGCUCCCCUCCGCCGCCCGGCCGCCCCGCGCCCUGCCGCCUCCUGGCCAUCCCGCGCCUUGUCGCCGCCCGACCACCCCGCCCCCCGCCGGCGACCAGCCACCCUUUGCCCCGCCGCCUCCCGGCCACCCCACGCCUCGCCGUCGCCCGGCCACCCCGCGCCCGCCGCCGCCCGGCCACCCCGCGCCUCGCUGCCGCCCGGCCACUGCGCGCCUCCCCUCCGACGGGCUCGCCGGCCCCUCCCCGCGCGCCUCCCCUCCGACGAGCACCGGCCCCUCUUCGUCGACGGGCCCUGGCCCCUCCCUGUUCGCCUCCUCGCUGGCGUUUGCCGUCCCCUCCCCACGCUUCUUCCCGCGGGCGUUCGCCGGCCCCUACCCGCGAGUCUCCUAGCCAUCGGGCCCUCCCCGCUGCCAUCGAUGCCAACUGCUGCCCGCGAACGGGAUGGGUUCAAUGCCCGCUGCCGGGAUCCAGCGCCCCCCCAUCUCCCGAUUCACUGUCUGCCGCGCAUGGCGUCGCCCUUCCUUCCUUCCUCUUAAUCUUCUAUGCCAGCCGGCUGUGGCAUCCCAUGUGCUGCAGCUUCCAGCGUCGUCCUCUGCCUUGUCGGCGCACAAGCCGUUCGCCUCAGCCACCCCAGUCCGUUCACCAUUUCCAGCAGAGUCCGUUCAACACUAGCGUGCAGCUACCCGCCUCCUGGAUUCAGGGACGCAUUCAUGGCUUCAUUCAACAAGUGGACUGUGGGAAGAUGUUCAUCAACAAGUCUGCGGUACUUGGUGGUGCAGACUUGGUAGCGGUGAUAUUUUGGUUCGAUUACAUAUCAACAACAGUGCAAUGACUGAAAGAUCAUCAGUUCAAAAUAUAUAUGCAGGAGGAGGUUCAAAGAUUGUCGUGGAGCAAGUUAAAGAGUUUAGUACACCUGCGUCAGUCGGCCACCGUAGGAUGUAGCUACUACUCUCUCAAGUCAUAGGCUGCGGUUGCUACUUCUUUGUACUCGUAAUUUGUUAUUUCUUUGCAACCAGAUGUGACAGACGGAUGCAAGAGGCAAAGUGUCCUAUUUGUUAGAUGUUCAGUACAGAUUUUUCUCUAAGAAAAAACAACAUGAGGCAACAGUUUUGAAUGUGCUAGUUGUAAGUAACUUAGUUGUUAGAUGGUCAUUUCAGAUUUUUGUAGAUGCAACAACUAGUUUGUUUUCUUGUGCUAGUUGAACUGGUUUUCUUGUGCUAGUUGAACUGGUCUUGGUUCAGAUAUUUCUCUGAGAAAAAAGUAGCAAGAGGCGGCAGUAUUGAAUGAUCUUUGUUAGAUGUUCUGUAAAUAUUAUGGAAUUUUCUAUGGGACACACCUGAACUGAAGUUGUUACCUGAAAUGAAUGGUUCUACUUCUCCCACGGAAAAUGCCACCUUUGGUUUCAGGUUUCUU